CGAGCUUGACGCCUGCGCAGCGUGUCGGGACUGUUGCGGAGCUGCGAGGAUGGCGGCGGUGGCGGCGGCGGCCCCUGGCCCAGUCUUGGACUCGGAGAGAGCUGGUGAGCCCGGACCCCGGUCGCGGGCCGUUGGCGGCGGCGGCCCUGAGGAGGAAGAGCGGGAGCCCCGGUGCCCGGGGCAGGAGCUCACUAAACAUUCGUACUGGUUCGACCUUUGGCUCUUCCUGCUCUUCGACCUGGUGUUGUUCGUGUUCGUCUACCUGCUUCCCUGAAUGAUUAAGGUGAUUGCUGUAUAGACUUGGUGUGCUGGAUGAUUUUUGAAAAUAAGGUGUUCAUCAGUUUCUAACAGCCAUGGGACUUCCUUCUGUUCUGCAACAAUCAUUGGAUCUUCUUAUAGUCUCAGAGAUACUUGUGACACUGUAUUCAGUGGGUAACUAAGCUAUUGCUAAAUUGAUACAAACAGCCUGCAGUUCAUGGGGCAAUAACUUUUUUCAAAUGUUUAAUGACUUUAAAGUGGCUUAAUAUAAUGGAACAUUUUUACUCAUUAAUUAUAUCUACAUAUAUCUGAUAUUUAAGAAAAAUGUGGAAGUAUCUGUUUUUGGAUUUGUGGGUCACUAGGGGACUAAGAUAAAAUAUAUCGUCAUCUCCUUUGGCCCUCUUUAACAUGGUUUACAAGGGAACCAUUUGGUGACAGUGAAAUUAUAGCAGCCUCCUUUGCAGUUUCUUGUAUUAUUAUUCUAGGCUUUUUUUUUUAAAUUGUUCUUUACCUCAUUUUCUCCAUGCCACCAUCUAGGACAUUAUUUAGUCUUACAAGGCUCUAAACAUCACUGCAUUUGGAAAAGGAGUAAGAUACUCAAAAAAGCUGCAGUAUUUUAAUGGAGGAAAUUAGAUCUACCACUCCUCUGUCCUACUCUCCAAAAAAGUUUCAACAUUGUGACUAAAGGUUCCUCUCUCCCAGAACUGAAGUGAAUUGUGUGGAAAGCAUAGCCAGUAAAACUGACUAGAUGGUAA